AUGUUUUCCACUCCCAGUGAUUUAACACGUCAUAUGAGAACUCACACCGGAGAGCUGACAAACUCAUGUAAUAUUUGCAACGAAACAUUUACAUUCAAAAUUCAACUGAAGAGACACCAGAAUAAGUUUCAUCCGAAAGCGGAAACACAUACUUGCUUCGAGAAAAGUAAACAAGAUGUUCAACAAGAGCAGCAGCAAUCGUUUGAACAACCAUCGACAAGUUCUCAAACAGCAGAGUCAAUGGAAUUUGAAGAAAUUUCUUCACAAGAAACUCUUUUUACUUCAAAAGAAAGUGCAGAAUUUCUUGAAAACGUUAACGUCGAUUUAGAAAUUAGACGAAUUGAAAGAUCCUCACAAGUGGAAUUCUUCCCAGAAAUGGACGUUGAAGAAAGUAAAUUUGAAUGUCAUGAACAAUUUUUAGACGACGUUUCAUUAAAAGAACACGAAAGAAAAUUCCAUUCAUCUGAUUAA